UUCAAUAUUCUGCAAACUUCCGACUUCUGUCUGUUCUUCUUGCGAUAUCCCUAAUUCAACGAUGAACUCCGAACUCUACAGGCACACCACGUUGGGCAAUGCCCUCGAAGACACCUUAGAGGAGAUGAUACAGGAAGGCAUUGUGUCCGAUGACUUGGUUAGGGCAAUUUGGAAGAAAUACGACAAGAGCAUCACUAAGGCCCUACAGAAGCGGGCCGCGGCCAAGCUUACCUUUAAGGCCGACAAAUUGGUGAACUACAGAUUCUGCGACAAUGUGUGGACUUUGAUCCUCGAGGGCGUGGAGUUCCGCGAUGGCCCCCACACCUACGAGGUGGAUAAAGUUAAAGUUGUGGCCGUCUUAGAGAAGAACAAGUGGCAUUAAAAGUGGC